AUGGCUGAUUCGAAACAAGGAUUGAGGAAACCGGUGUUUACCAAGGUUGAUCAGCUUCGCCCAGGGACCAGUGGACACACCAUAACUGUGAAGGUUGUUGAUACUAAGAUGGUGAUGCAGAGAGGUCGUCCUGAUGGACCUCAAUCCCGUCAAAUGCGAAUUGCUGAGAGUUUGGUUGGUGAUGAGACUGGAGUGAUUAUAGUUACUGCAAGAAAUGAUCAGGUGGAUUUGAUGAAAGAAGGCUCCACUAUCAUCUUGCGUAAUGCUAAGAUUGACAUGUUCAAAGGCUCAAUGAGACUCGCCGUGGACAAAUGGGGCCGUAUUGAAGUCACAGAACCAGCUACCUUCACUGUCAAGGAAGAUAAUAACUUGUCUCUGAUUGAAUAUGAACUGGUGAAUGUUGUUGUUGAAUGA